AUGGAUGCAAAUAAUUAUUAAUAAAUAAAUAAUGUUGGAGAAAUACAAGAUGGUUAGUUUUUUGUAGAUGAAUAUGGAUAAAAAUUUUUGUAAAAAACUUUUGAUUAAUAAAAUAUCAAAAAAAGAAUAUUCUUACAUAAAAAUUACUCAGGAAGAGCUUUGCAUUAAAUGAAAGUUAAAUACAGACUUAUACAACUAUAAAACUAAUAAUCAACCAAUUUAAAAACCAAUUUAAAAGCUGUUAUUGAAUCUGUAGAAGAUACAUAUAGUGAAAUCAAACCUCUAAUCGGAUUCUUUUCUCACACUCCUAAAAGACCUAGUAUCGACUUUAAUCUUUAAUCAAAAUAGCUAGGAAAGACAAACUUAAAAAAGGUUUACUUUUUCCCUUUGUAAAUAAACUAUCCUACAAUGGUUUUAGAGUUGGAUUAGUCUUCUUAAACUUGUUAAAGUGGAGAUAUCUUUAAAUAUUAUUAUAUUGUGAAGGUUAUUGACUGGCCUGAAAGGCUUUCUAGAGAAGGUCCUUUAGUAGAAAUUAUAGAUAAAAAAGGAAUGUUAUAUGAUUAAGAAAGUGAUUGCUAGGCUUUAUUAGAGUCAUUAAACAUGAACAUUACUAUCUCAAGAGAAGAAAAAGAGGAGGUUGAUAAAAUAGUCAAGAAUCACUAAAUUUCAUUUUAAAAAAAUAAGAAUUCAAAAGAAUACGAAAGUCUAAAUGUUUUUACUAUAGAUUAACAAGGAGCUUAAGCCUUUGACGAUGCGUUUUCUUUUUAAAAAAUAAAUUCAUAAAUACUUGAAUAAGAAAUUAAAUUGGCUAAGCAACCAAAAAUAAUUUAAAUAGUUUAGAAUUAACCAAUUAAAGAGAAGGAUAAAAACAAAAAAGUUAAAAAUGGUAAAAAAGCUAAGAAGGGAGAUAUUUGUGUAAAAAAAACAAUUUAUUUAGAGUUUAAUCAUAAUCAAAGUGAAGCUAGAUAAAAAUAAUAAGAACCUAGCUAAAGCAUUGAAGAAUAAAAAGAUAUAGAUUAAACUAUCAAAUAAUAAUAAAUUAAAGAGCCAGAAGAAUAAAAGCAAUCAGAACCAGAAUAAGAAGAUACUGAAUGUAGUAGAAAAAUAUUUAAACUUGGUAUCCAUGUUGCUGAUUUAUCUUAAAGUAUUAAAAAGGAUACACCACUGUACAAGGCUUUGGAGAAAAGAGGAUAAAGUAUUUAUGUUCCACUAGGAAAAAAUAAAAGCUUUGUCAAGCAUAUGUUACACAGAAAGCUUAUUUAGAUCUUCUCUUUAAAGACUGGAGAAAAAAAGUAAGCUAAAAGUUUAUUUAUCUGUAUAGAAAAGGGCUAAAAUAACUAAUUCAUCUUUCAUUGGGAUUCUUUAAGACUUGAAAACUCCAUCAUUGAAAGUAAAUAAAACUAUUAUUAUGAAGAAUUCGAUUCCUACUUGAAAGAUAAUAAGUAAAAUAUAAGUGAUCUUUUUAAAGAUGAUCAUGAUGAAGAAGAAGUGAGAUCAGAUUAUGAUGACGAAGAUGAUGCAAUUGAUCCUCAUGAAACAGAAUCGAACACUAAAAAUAAGAGCUUAAUUUUAACUAACGAGGAAUUUCUAAGUUUCUUUAACCUCGGAGGUUAGCUAUUCUAAUAGAGAAUAUAGAAAGGUUAAAAGGCAUUCUAAGAAGAAGAUACAGAAAAAUGUAAAUUCUUAUCAUCAAAGUUGGUUGAAGAGUUAAUGGUUUUUUAUAAUCAAUCUAUUUCGAGAUAAGUUUUAGUAAGUUAAUAGAUCUUUUAAGGUUAGAAUGAUAUUGAAAAAAAAAUAUAAGUGCUCAAUAAAGAAGCAAAAUAGAUGAAAAAGUCAAUAAAAAGUAAUAAAAACUUAAUCGAAAAUAAAAUAAAGAGAGAAAAAAAAGUUAUUAAAACUAAUAAAAAGUCUAUUGACACUCUUCGUAAAAACAUUAAGCUUACUAUAGAGAAAAUAAAAAAUAGCCCUAAAAAUCUUAUGGACUAUGAAAAUUUAAUAUCUACAAAUUAAAAAAAGAUUGAAGAACUCAAUAAAUAAAUUGAAUAAAUCAGAAUCAUGGAAGAAAGCGAGUUUAUGCAAGAAUUUAAUAAAAAGAAAAAGAAAAGAGAUCAAAAAAAGGCAGUAAUUUAAUAAGAAAAUAGCUUUUAAGAAAUAGAGAAUGAAUAAUUAUCAGAUUCUUACCCAAAUUAACUCUCGUAACUUCCUUAAGAAUAAUUAGGAGAUAAUUUACCAUCAGAGCAAUUCGAAGAGGCAAAAAUUUUAGAAGGAGAGCAAGAUAUUAUUUAAACAGUUAGUGAUAAAAGUGAUGACAGUGAUGAAGAAAGUGAUAAAAGUUAUGAAAGCGAUGGAGAAAGUGAUAAAAGUUAUGACAGUGAUGAUGAAAGUGAUAUUAAAUCAGAUGCCACAUUACAAAAUAACAAUUAAGUGCAGAAUGACUCAGAUAAUAUUUAUACAGCUUUAAAAAAACGCUUAAAUUAGUAGUUAAAAAACUUAAAUACGCAAUAAGAAUAAUUAGAUGAAGAAUUAAACAAUUUAGAUUUUAAAAAAAAUUCCAAUAAAUAUGAAGAAGCAAAAUAAUCAAUUUAUGUAACUCUAGAUCAUUACAAGAAAAAAUGUGAAUAAGCUGGAUUUAAUAACCUAAAGUAUGAUUCCCUCUUAGAAUUUUAAUCAUCGAUUGAUAAAUUAAAAUAGGCUAAAAUAACUCCAAUAAUUAAAACUUAUUUGAUCUUUGAAAAAAGAAAAAUAGUUAGAUAAUUAAAUGAAUACUUCGCCAUUUGUGAUAAUGAAAAAAAAUAAAAAGUGUAACUUGAUUAGAAAAUCUAGUAAAAAAUAUAAUAAAAAUCAAAGAUUAUCAAAAAAAUUAAAGAUAUUUAAGACAGAAUAAAGUAAGCUGAAAAGAGUGAAGAAGAGUAAAAAAUUAAAGAUUUAGAGCUAUAAAACCAAGAAAAAAUAGAAGUUGAAGAAGAAAUAUAAAGUGACGAUAAUUAAAUGGAAAUAAUACCUUAAAUUUAAAUUGAGGAUUAAGAAAAAUCAUUUAGUCAAGAUGAGGAUGAGGAUGAGGAUAAUAUUAAUAUAGCUUAAUUAAAAGAAAAAAAAAUCAAUUAACUUUAAAAAUAAAUUAAACAUAAACAAAAAGAAAUUUAAAAAAUUUAAAAAUAAAUUCCAAAUGAAAGUAAAAUUUAAGAACUUAAUUCAAACUUGGAAACAUACUAAAAAUAAUCAGAAAAACUAAAAGAAUAAAUCAAAACUUAAGAAAUCUAGAUUGAUGAUCUCAAAAAAUAAUUAGACGAGCUUAAGUCAGAAAUUUAAAAAAUAAAUUAAAAUAUAGAAGACGAGCAAAAAAAUUUCUAAUAAUAACUUAAAAAAGAUAUUCAGGAAAAUUACAAAUAUUUUGAUAUAACACCUGAAUCUGAAAAAUAUUUAUCCCUAACUAGUCCUAUAAGAAAGUUUAAUGAUAUUUAAGCUUAGUAAUUCAUAGAGAAUUAUUUGAAUACAAAAUUUUCUAAAGAAUUUGAUUAAGAAUACAGAGAAAUAAUUAAAUCAAAGCAAACUAAUAAUAAGAUAAAAAAUCAAGUGGCUUAAUUCUUAGAAAAAGCCUAAAAAAUAAAAAAUUGCAGAAAAAUGAUUCUUCAAGCUCAAUUUGAUGAAUCAGAAAUUCUUCAAAUUAAUUCAAAAAUUAUUUAUAAAUUCAUUAUCUAUGAUUUCUUUUUGCCUAAAUAAAGGCAAAUUGUCUAGCUGAGAAAUGAUAAAGAUAGACCCUAGUUAUAAUAAAUUUUUUCAAUAUGGAAUGGUUAAAUUUAAACUAGAUAAUCUCUUCCUUAUAAUUACACUGUUGCAAUUGCUACUAAAAAUAAUAUCAGGCUAAUAAAUUUAGAUUUUUGA